CCUGAGUCAGGCAGAGGAGAGGAAGCAGGCAGAGCAGCAGGGAAAGGAUCCAUUUGCAGAAAUGGGCCCUGAUUCCGCUGAGGCAGAGAGGGCUGCAUUGGACACCAGAGAGAGGCCACUGGAUGGCGGAGUGAUUCUGGCAAGACCGCCUCAUCCAUCUUUUCUUGGUGGCGGAGGAGAAGUCGCGGCUGUGGAACCAGAUGAGGGUUCAGUUUGCUUUGAAGAUGUAGCUGUUCGUUUCACCGACGAGGAGUGGGCAUUGCUAAAUCCUGACCAGAGAGCUCUGCAUAAGGAAGUCAUGGAAGAGAAUUGUGGGAUUUUGGCCUCUCUAAGUGACGAUAAAUGGGAAAUUGAGAACCAGGGAGAAAAUGACAAAAUACACAUGGUGGAUAAACCAUAUAACUAUUUGGAGCAUGAAGAAAUCUUCAGUCACAGCUCCCAUUAUACUUCUCAUCAAAGAAAUCCCAUUGAGAAGAAACUCUAUCCAUGUUUGGAAUGUGGAAAGAGCUUCAGUAAAAAGGCCCACCUCACAGCCCAUGAAAGAACUCACACUGGAGAGAAACCUUAUCAGUGCUUGAAAUGUGGAAGGAGCUUCAGUCGGAACUACCAUCUCACAGCCCAUCAAAGAACCCACAGCGGGGAGAAACCAUAUCAGUGCUUUGAAUGUGGAAAGAGCUUCGCUCAGAAGUUAAGUCUUACAACCCAUCAAAGAAUUCAUACCGGGGAAAAGCCAUAUAAGUGCUUGGAAUGUGGAAAGAGCUACAUUCAGAAGUUCAGUCUCACUUCACAUCAAAGAAUUCAUACUGGGGAGAAUCCAUAUCAAUGCCUUGAAUGUGGGAAGAGCUUUCAUACAAGCACAAAUUUCCAUCGGCAUCAGAGUAUUCACCGUGGAGAGAAACCAUAUCAAUGCCUGGAAUGUGGCAAAAGCUUUAUUCGUAACUCUCAUCUCACUAUCCAUCAAAGAAUUCACAGCGGUGAGGAACCAUAUCAGUGUUUGGAAUGUGGAAAGAGCUUCACCUGGAAGGAAAGUCUCACUUCGCAUCAAAGAAUUCAUACAGGGGAGAAUCCAUAUCAGUGCUUAGAAUGUGGAAAGAGCUUCUGUAAGAGGGCCAAUCUUACAGUCCAUCAAAGAAUUCAUACAGGAGAGAAACCUUAUCAGUGCUUGGAAUGUGGAAAGGGCUUCACCCAGAAGGAAAGUUUUAAUUUCCAUCAAAGAAUUCAUACAGGGGAAAAACCCUAUCGGUGCUUGGAAUGUGGAAAGAGCUUUGGUACAAGCGCUUACUUUGUUCAACAUCAAAGUAUUCACUGUGGUGAUAAACGGUAUCAGUGCUUGGAAUGUGGAAAGAGAUUCACUUGGAAGGAAAGUCUCACUUCCCAUCAAAGAAUUCAUACAGGGGAGAAACCAUAUCAGUGUUUGGUAUGUGGAAAGAGCUUCAGUAAGAAGGCCAAUCUUACUUCCCAUCAAAGGAUUCAUACAGGAGACAAACCUUAUCAAUGCUUAGCAUGUGGAAAGAGCUUCAAUCAGAGAACCCAUCUGACAGCCCAUCAAAGAAUUCAUACAGGGGAGAAACCCUAUCAGUGCUUGGAAUGUGGGAAAAGUUUCAGUCGGAAGGAAAGUCUCACUUCACAUGAAAGGUUUCACAGAGGGGAGGAACCAUUUAAAUGUCUGCAAUGUGGAAAGAGCUUCAGCCGGAACUGUCAUCUCACUUCACAUGAAAGAAUUCACAGUGGAGAAAAACCUUUUCAGUGCUUAGAAUGUGGAAAGAGCUUCAGUCGGAAAGAAAGUCUCACUUCCCAUCAAAGAAUUCAUACAGGGGAGAAACCAUAUCAGUGCUUGGAAUGUGGAAAGAGCUUCACUCAGAGGUCCCAUCUCACAGCCCAUCAAAGAACUCACAACGGAAAGAAUCAUGGAAUCAUAUUAUUUUUUGAAUCCUUGUUGCUCUUUCAGGGAAAGAUUAUCUUUGCAGAAAUGGGCCCUGAUUCCCCUGAAGCAGAGAAGACUCCCUUGGACACCAGAGAGAGGCCACCAGGUGACAAAACGUUGCCGACCAAAGCUCCUUCUCCGUCUUUCCAUGGUGACGAAGGGGAAGAAGAGGCCGUGGAACCAGAUCAGGGUCCCGGGUGCUUUGAAGAUGUAGCUGUUUGUUUCAUAGACGAGGAGGGGGUGUUGCUGGAUCCUGACCAGAGAGCUCUGCGUAAGGAAGCCAUGGAGGAGAAUCGUGGGAGAAUGAACUCUCUCGGUGGUGACAAUUUGGAAAUUAAGAACGAGGGAGACCAUGACAACAUCCCCACAGUGGAGAAGUCAUAUAAAAAUUCAGAGUGUGGAGAGAACUUCAGUCAGAGCUCCCAUGCCACUUCCGAUCAAAGAAAUAUCACUGGGAAGAAACCUUAUCAGUGCCUGGAAUGUGGAAAGAUCCUCAGUCGGAAGGAAAUUCUCACUUCUCAUCAAAGAAUCCACACAGGGGAGAAGCCAUAUAAGUGUUUGGAAUGUGGAAAGAGCUUCAGCCACAGAGCCAAUCUCACAGCCCAUCGACGAAUUCAUAUAGGGGAGAAACUAUAUUUGUGCUUGGAAUGUGGAAUGAGCUUCAAGCGGAAGGAGAGUCUCACUUCCCAUCAAAGAAUUCAUACAGGGGAGAAACCCUAUCAGUGCUUGGAAUGCGGAAAGAGCUUCACUCGGAGGGAUAGUCUCACUUCGCAUCAAAGAGUUCAUUCAGGAGCAAAACCGUAUCCGUGCUUGGAAUGUGGAAAGAGCUUUAGUCGGAAGGAUAGCUUGACUUCCCAUCAAAGAAUUCAUACGGGGGAGAAACCAUAUCAGUGCUUGGAAUGCGGAAAGAGCUUUGCUCAGAGCACCCAUCUCAUUUCCCAUCAUAGAACUCACAGCGGGAUGAAACCGUAUCAGUGCUCAGAAUGUGGAAAGAGCUUCAGUCAGAGCGCCCAUCUCACUUCCCAUCAGAUAACUCACAGCGGAAAGAAGCCCUAUCAAUGCGUGGAAUGUGGAAAGAGCUUCGGUUGGAAAGAAAGCCUCACUUCCCAUCAAAAAAUUCAUGCACGGAAGAAGCCGUAUCGGUGCUUGGAAUGUGGGAAGAGCUUCACCCAGAAGCAAAGCCUCACAGCCCAUCAAAAAACUCAUACAGGGGAGAAACCCUAUCAGUGCUUGGAGUGUGGGAAAAGCUUCAGCCAGAGCGCCCAUCUGACUUUGCAUCAAAGAAUUCAUACCGGGACAAAACUAUAUGUUUGCUCUGAAUGUGGAAAGAGCUUCAGUGAGAGCGCCCAUCUCACUUCCCAUCAAAGAACUCACCGGCCAAAAUUACAGAAUCGCAGAAUGGUACAGUUGGAAGUCACCACAAUGAUCAUCUAGUCCAACCCCCUGCAGUGCUGGAAUCUCCACGACUAACAUUCCAUGACAGAUGGACACCCAACCUCUCCUGAAAAACCUCCAGUGAUGGAGAGUCCACUACUUCCCACGGUUGUCUGUUCUACUUUCCAACGGCUCUUUCUUGUAACUGUAUCAGGAAAAAGAUGAGAUUCAUCUAGUGUGACUAGUUUUUGAGAAACUCAAUGCUGCGUCUUAAUAAUCGCAGCAUUCUUUUUAAUUCCUCACAAGCCAACCAUUUAAAUAUCUGUUCUAGAACCUUUCCUGGUAUCCAUGCCAAGCUGAGCGUUCAGUAGUUACCCUGGGUCUUCUCCCCACACCCUUUCGUAGAUGAGGACUAUAUUUGCCCUUCUCUACACUGCAGGGACCUCAUCUGUUCUCCAGGAAUUCUCAAAGAUUAUAGACCUAGUGUCUGAGAUUACAUAAGCAAAUUUCUGUAGUACCCUUGGGUGCAGCUCAUCAGGCCCUGGAGAUUUGAAUUUAUUUAAAGUAGCUGGAUGUUCCUUUACCACCUCUUUUCCUAUCCUGGGCCGCAGUUACUCUGUUAACACCGGGUUCGACAGGGCUUCCCUUUUGGGUGAAGACAGAGGCAGAGUGGCUAUCCGGCCUUCUAUCACUUAAUAGCAUUUCUGUGUCUUCUCCAUGAAAAGAACCUGCUGCUUGCUUGUUCUUCCUCUUGCUUUGAAGAUAGCCGAAUAAACCCUUUAAUAUUAAUUUUAACCUCUCUACCAAGCCUGAGCUCAUUUUGAGCUUUGGCCUGACUGACCUCCCUGCAGCUGUUGGCUGCCAGAGUAUAUCCUUCCUUCUCCGUGAGUUGUCCUUUCUUCCAUUUGUUAUCCAUCCCAUAUCAGAGAAACCAUAUCGGUGUGUGGAGUGUGGAAAGGGCUUCCGACAGAGUGCCUAUCUCGUGGCCCAUGAAAGAAUUC